AUGCAUCAACCUCUGGGUUUUCGUGUUCCUACUCGUCCUGAUCAUGUUUGUCUUCUUCGUAAAUCUCUUUAUUGUCUCAAACAGGCUCCUCGUGCUUGGUACCACCGGUUUGCCACUUUUGCGACUACUAUUGGUUUUUCUAACAGCAUCUUUGAUAAUUCUCUUUUUGUUAACUGUCAUGGUCCUGAUAUUGCUUAUCUGUUGUUAUAUGUGCAUGAUAUUAUUCUUACGGCUUCUUCUGAUUUACUCCGUGAGUCUCUUAUGUCUAAAUUUAGCUAUGAGUUUGCUAUGAAGGAUUUGGGUCCUCUUAAUUAUUUUUUGGGUAUUGCUGUUAAUCGUACAUCUACGGGCCUCUUUCUCUCUCAACAGCGGUAUGCCUCUGAAAUUCUUGAAAAGGUUGGCAUGUCUCAAUGUAAACAUUUUGCUACCUUCGGCAAACUUUGCGCUAAUGCUGGUUCUUCUUGUGAUGAUCCUACAUUGUAUCGUAGUCUGGCUGGUGCUUUGCAGUAUCUUACUUUCACCCGCCCAGAUAUUUCAUAUGUUGUUCAGCAGGUUUGCCUUUAUAUGUAUGAUCCUAGAUUUGAACAUAUGACUGCUAUUCACUGCAUUCUUCGCUAUGUCAAAGGUACUAUUCACUAUGGUCUGCAGUUGUAUCGUUCUAAUCUUUCGACUCUUUUGUCCUAUACCGAUGCUGAUUGGGGUGGAUGUCCUGACACUCGCCGCUCUACUUCUGGUUACCGUGUUUUUCUGGGUGAUAAUUUAAUUUCUUGGUCCGCUAAACGACAGCCUACUGUUUCCAAAUCUAGUGCUGAGGCUGAAUAUCGUUGUGUUGCUAAUGCUGUUUCUGAAACUUGUUGGAUCCACAAUUUACUUCUUGAGCUUCACUGUCCUAUUACUACAACUACUCUUGUUUAUUGGGACAAUGUUAGUGCCGUCUAUUUGGCUAGUAAUCCAGUGCAUCACCAGCGCACUAAACACAUUGAGAUCGACAUUCACUUUGUUCGUGAAAAAGUUAAACGUGGUGAUGUUCGGGUGCUUCAUGUUCCAACUCGUUAUCAGAUCGCUGACAUUUUCACCAAAGGUCUUCCUCAAGUAUUAUUUGAUGAUUUUCGUUCCAGUUUCAGCGUCUGUCAACCCCCGAUUUGA